GAGCGAUGGCGUUAAGAAUACUAACAGCUCUGGAUAUAGCAAAAACGCAAUUUUAUCACUUUAAGGCCAUCGCAAUCGCAGGAAUGGGCCUUUUCACCGACGCCUACGAUCUCUUCUGCAUCUCUCCGAUCAUGCUUCUCAUUGGAAGCAUCUAUUACAAACAUGAUCAUGAUCAAAAGGUUCCAACCAAUACAAUCUCCAUCAUGCUGGUGAUUUCCCUCCUCGGCGCCGUAAUCGGACAACUCAUUUUCGGAAGACUUGGCGACCGCAAAGGAAGGCGACGGGUGUACGGUUUGGCAUUGAUGAUCAUGAUCUUAAGUUCAAUUGGGUGUGGAUUGUCUGUGUGCACGUCCAAGAAUUGUGUUCUGGGUAGCUUGGGGUUUUUUAGGUUUUUGCUUGGUAUUGGAAUUGGAGGAGACUAUCCGUUGUCGGCAACUAUCAUGUCGGAGUUUUCUAACAGGAAUACGAGAGGAAGGUUCAUGGCCGGAGUGUUUUCAAUGCAGGGAUUUGGAAUUUUAACUAGUUCGAUUGUGACUAUGGUUGUUUGUUCGGUUUUUAAAGCGGUUGAUAAUCAUGAUAAACAUGUCGACUUGGCCUGGCGGAUAAUUCUUGCAAUUGGGGCUGUUCCGGCUGGACUUACAUUUUAUUGGCGAAUGAUGAUGCCAGAAACCGCUAGGUACACGGCUUUGGUGGAGAGAAAUGUGACACAAGCAACAAUAAACAUGAAGAAAGUUCUAGAUGUUUCCUUAAGUCCAAUUCCCGAGGUAUCCGAAGACCUUCCGCCUCAUUCCUCAAAUUACCCAUUCUUCUCGAAAGAAUUCUUUCGUCGCCACGGUCGCGAUCUCUUCUCAUGUUCAAUCACAUGGCUCUUAAUCGACAUCAUCUUUUAUAGUUCUAACUUAGUCCAACCAAAAAUUUACAAACAUUAUCUAUCAAAAGAUUCAAAACCAAAAUUUGGCAACCCGUAUCAAGAGGCCUUUGACCUUGCGCUAUUACAAGCUAUUAUGUCAAUAUGUUUCACCAUCCCGGGAUAUUGGGCAACCGUCUACUUUAUCGACCGUAUUGGACGAGUCAAGAUCCAAAUUAUGGGAUUCUUUUGCAUGUCAUUACCUUUUUUAGCCCUCGGGAUACCUUAUUAUUGGUAUUGGCAUCACCACACCAAUAACGGUUUUUUAAUACUAUACGGUCUCACAUUAUUCUUUGCAAACUUCGGGCCAAACACUACCACGUUUAUAGUACCGGCCGAGCUUUUUCCAGCUCGACUUAGGUCAACUUGUCAUGGUAUUUCUGCAGCUUGGGGAAAGGUGGGGGCCAUAAUUGGAGUCGUGGGAUUCACGUGGGCUUCGGAUGAGAACACGGCCAGCCGAGCCCGAGCCCCAGAUUCACGCACAUGGAAAUAUCAGACGAUUUCGUUGGUGAUCUUGGGUGGAGUGUCAAUAAUUGGGAUGAUAAUUACAUAUGUUUUCAUGCGGGAAACUAAUGGGAGAUCGUUGGAGGAGAAUGAGAGCGACGAUAAUAACAUGCACGUAUAUGUGAUGAGAUCGUUUAAUUACCCGUGUACGGGGUUUAGGUCUAAUUCGCCGUCGUCCAAAGUGGAAGGAGAUGUCGUCGAAAAUAAUGAAGUAGCUUAAAUAGAGAUUGUGCAUGUUAAUAUUGUUGUAAAAUAAUCAUUUGUGUAAUUAAUUGACUUGAUAAUGACAUGCAUAUUAGUUGAUUAA